AUGGCACCAGAACUUCGCAAAAAGAAGGCACAAGCAGUCCCGGCCAAGAAGGAGGAGCAGGAAGAUGCUGCCCAGAAGAAGACCAAGGCGGUCGCUGCUGGAAAGAGGAAAGCCCCCGAGCAGGCCUCUCCCGUAGCAGCCAAGAAGCAAAAGUCGGUAUCAGACAAGGCCACGAGCAAGAAGGCCGUGAACGGUUCUACUACUUCCACUAAGAAGGAGGUCAAGAAGUCCUCCGCCAAGAAGGCCGCCGCACCCGCCGACAAGACCGAGGACCAGGAGGAAGAGGAGGACGAGCAGACCAAGGCCCUGGCCCGCGUGCUCGACGACGACAGCGACAGCGACGACGCAGAGGACGAGGGCUUCUCACCGGGCCAGGACGUCGGCCGGAUCCCCGAGGUCAAGGACAAGGUGAAGAAGGGCGCCCUGCUCAAGCACGCGGGCGGAGACAAGGAGGAGUCCGGCGUGGUGUACAUCUCGAGGAUACCGCACGGCUUCUACGAGCACGAGAUGCGCGCGUACCUGUCGCAGUUUGGCGAGAUCACGCGCCUGCGGCUGUCGCGCAACAAGAAGACGGGCGCCUCGCGGCACUACGCCUUUGUCGAGUUCGCCGAGGCCAGCACGGCCGACAUCGUGGCCAAGACGAUGGACAACUACCUGCUCUUCGGCCACCUGCUCAAGUGCAAGGUCGUGGCCCCCGGCCAGGUGCACGAGUCGCUCUUCAAGGGCGCCAACCGGCGGUUCAAGAAGGUGCCGUGGAACAAGAUGGCCGGCCGGCAGCUCGAGCAGGCGCAGACAGAGACGGCGUGGGGCAAGAAGAUCGACAAGGAGGCCAAGAGGCGGGCGUCGAGGGCCGACAAGCUCAAGGCGCUGGGCUACGAGUACGAGGCGCCGCAGCUCAAGGCCGCGGCCGAGGCUGUCAAGGACACUCCGGCCCCGGCGGCGGCGCUGGAGAACGGCGAUGCUACGGAGGCGCCCGAGGCGAUCGAGGCGCCGCCGGCUGCCGAGGAGGCUCAGAAGGAUGAGGAGGAGGAGGAGGAGGCAGUAGCCGCGGCGCCCAAGACCAAGGCCAAGCCAGCGGCGAAGGCCAAGAAGGGCGCCAAGGGGAAGAAGGUCAAGGCAUGA